AUGUUUGUUUUCCAUUUUUUAUCUUCGAAUGAAGCACUAAAAGUAAGCAAACAACUGUGCGCGGAUCCACAAGAAAACAAAAUGACUCUCAUUAAACUUUUUCUUAUAAUAUUUCUUUCGUUAUUAGGACUCUUAAUAUUUAAGGUAGUUGUUCCACCUUUGGAUUUCCCUCAAAAUAUACCCACUAUUCCAUUUUAUGUGAUAUUUUUACCAUCAAUAUUUGAUAUCGACCAAACUCAACUAUACAACAUUUACAUCAGAAAGUCCAUGGAGAAGUAUGGUGCUGUAAAAAUAUUUUUUGGGUCUCGUUGGAACAUUCUAGUUUCACGUCCAGAAUAUCUAGCUCAAAUGUUUAAAGAUGAAAAUACCUUUGCUAAAAGUGGGAAUCAAAAGAAAAUUCCAUACAGUGUCAUUGCUGCAUACACUGGAGAUAACGUCAUAAGUGCCCACGGUGACGUUUGGAGAACCUAUAGAGGGAUUAUGGCAAACGGACUACAACAAUUCGACUCUAAACCAUUUUAUACCAAUAGUAAGAAGUUCUGUAAGCUUGUCAAUGAUGAAGUAAUCAAAAGUGAUAGUAAUGAAGUCAUAAUGGGGCCUUUAAUUCAAAGAUUAGCUCUGGAUAACAUUUCUCAAGUUGUAUUAGGUUUUGAUUUCGGGACAUUGAAUGGUGAGGCUAACCCAUUACACCGACACUUAUUGAGAAUUAAGAAGCAAAUAUUUCAUCCAUUCUUUUUGACUUUCCCAUUUUUCGAUAAAUUAGGAUUUCCAGCAAGGAAAAAAGGGUUCAAAGAUGUUGAAAAGUUUCGUGAAUUGCUUGUGACCAGAGUUCAGGAUGAAUUGGUCAAUAACUAUAAAUUUGAACAAACAAGUUUCACAUCCAGCGAUUUGAUUAAAGCAUAUAAUAAUAAGAUCAUUGAUUAUAAACAGUUAACAGAUAACAUUGUAAUACUUUUAGUUGCAGGUCACGAGAAUCCACAAUUGUUACUGACCACAUGCCUUUGUCUAAUGGCUAAAUAUCAUGAUACAUGGCAAACAGAAAUUUGGGAACAAACAAAGAAUGCGUCGACAACGAAAGAAUUAAACGAAAACCCCUUAUUAAAUUCAUUUAUAUUUGAAGCCGUUAGGUUAUAUCCUCCAUUGAAUACUAUUAUCAAUAGAAAGACUAUCAAAGCUUGUAAGUUAGGCCCGGAGAUAGUGAUUCCAAAAAUACUUAUGUUGGGUAUAAUUGUUUUGGUAUGUACUCAUGAUAAAAAGAACUGGGGGAAUACAGCUGACGUAUUCGAUCCUUUAAGAUGGGGAACUGACAUUGAUACUAUUAUGACAAAUUGGAAAAAAUCAAAAACGGUCUGCACCAUGCCAUCUUUCCAUGGAGGAAGAAGAGCGUGUUUGGGAGAGAAACUGGCUCUUCAAGAAAUCAGGAUCUCUCUGGUAGAGUUUAUUAGAAAGUUCGAUUUCAAAUUAGCGCCGAGCUGGGAAGAAAAACUAACGCCCGCUGGUCCAUUAUGUCCCUUUAAUUUGAAACUGAAAUUAGAACCAAGAACAAUUUCCAUACAUAAUUUUGAGAAAGAAGCCAAAGUCGAAGUCGAGGUUGUUUCGAUGUAA